AUGCCUUCUCGUCCUCCCAUCAUCACUACUACUUCUUCUUCUUCUUCUUUACUUUCUUCACCUUCUUUUUCUACUAUCAGCACCACCAGCAUCAGCAUCAUGACAACUAAAAAAACAAUAUCAAUCAGGUCUACAAUCACACUUGCCUGUAUCGCUCUCCUCUCCGUCACUUUCGCCUCUACUUUUGCCAAUGCAUCUCCUGUGGACAAUAGAAAACACCUUUUAGACGCUCACAAAAAUUUAAGCAGCCCCAAGAACUCAGUUGAUAUCCCUGCCUUCAAGAUCUCGGAUCCAAAUUCCGUCCUAGCUUCUGCACCUCAACAAGCGAUCCACAGCCAGAACAAGGAGCUUCACCAGCACGAGGACAUUGACACGAUAUUAUCUGAUUUUUUAGACCUCAAGGACAACGACAAAAAGGACGGUAGCAACAGCAAGGACGUACUAUCCAAGACCCCUAAUAUCCUCCCGUCAGUAGUCGUCCAGACACAUCCGCUCAUCAAAAGAAAGGGUAGCAGUGGUGGCCGUGGUGGUGGUGGACGUAGUGGUGGUGGACGUGGCGGCAGUUCAGACAGCAGUAAGCCUAAAACCGGGGUAGUUGCAGGCGUCCACACCGGAGCCAGGGGGGGAUCGGGAUCAGGGUCGUCCGCUGCCCCUAUCCAAAAGGUCUCCACUUCAUUAGCGACCAUCCUGAUCGUCAUCAGUGUCUUUACAUCCAUUUUAUGUUAA